GUUAUGAAGACUGCAUAAUUGAUUUAAUUUAUUGUAUGAUCAAAAAAUGAUCUAGAUUUAGAUCUAAUUGUUCACUGAAAAUUUAUUUAAAUUAAGGACACAUAAAUAUAAUAAACAGAAAGACUUGAGUUAGCCUAAUUGCAGUAGCCUAACAGACGACAGAUCUCUCUCUAAAUAUAUACUUCAGUAGGCAUAGACAGAUCUGACAAAUUUUAAAAUAGGCUUAACUGACGAAGAUUCAUUCAAGAUAUGGACGAAUUUCUCAAACACAAAGGUUUGCCUGAGAUAGGAAAACGAGGUCUAAUGGAGAUAAUCAGUAAGAACGAUGAGUCUAGCAGCAAGAUUAACGACGGGAAUUCUCGGCCGCACCUUAACCUGAGGCGCUCGCUAACAAUACUGUCCCCUUAUGAAGAGGCCUUAAAACGGAGCAUAAAAACAAGGCUGUUGAACAAUAGGGUUUACGUCCCUUGGUAUCGAGCAUACAAGUUUGACAGUCCUCAAGACGUUGUCUCAGACUACCAGCCUUUUGAUGAGAUACAGAGACAGGAUGAAGACAUUGCUCUUCAACAUUUUUACGGAGAGCGGUAUUUACUGUUUCAAGAUUACAAAGACCCUCAAGUGAAACAACAGAGAUUGGCGGUGCUACGUAUGUAUAACAAGAAAAAGGAGAAGGAGACUGCAGCCCAGGCUAUAACUAUUGUGUCAGAAACGGACAGUAUUUUUGGGCCGACAGCCCACGACAAGCAGAAGAUGAAACCAAUCAUAGAGUUCUUCAACAAGAUGCAUGUAAAUAGGAAAAGAGAAUGUCUGGCACGAAGCAAGCAAAAGCCAAACUCCAAGUGGCAUCUGCUGCUAAAAGAGAGUGUCAGGGAAAAGCUGAGAGAAUUGGUCCAAAAGAACAAGCAACAUCUGGCCAGAACUAAGUUUAUGAGAACUGUACGCAUUGUUCUGAAUGUCAAGAAGUUUCUAGCAAGUAUUACGACAAUGAUAACUGGAGACACAGAGACGAUGUUCAGGAGAGACAAAGAGUACACGGAGGCUGCUGAGGCCUCGAGGCAGUUGCUGAGCAGAAAGAAGGACGGCGUCAAGGAGCGCAACAUAUUUACUGCCAAUAAGUACAAGUGUAAUAAUGAAAUCAACGUCCCACUGUCUGUCAAGUUUAGCUUAACCAAACCAUGGUUCAGACGGAGUGAGGAUGAAGUGGAUGAGAUAGUGCAAUGUUUUCAGACUCUGAAAUCUUUUGUUGAAUACCCAAUAACAUAUCAACGGUUGAUAGGCAGAGCGGCUUGGUUGAUGGAGUUGCCUAAGUAUAAAGUUGUCAUCAGAGAAGGUCAACAAGCAUUUUCAUUUUACUUUGUUGUGACUGGAAAACUAUCGAUGACUAGACUAGUUGGAGAUCCGUACCAUACAAAUUACAGCGAGUUCCAGCGGUUGACAGCACUAAAAGCACAAGAUACAUUUGGUGAGGAAUGCAUAGCACGGCCGUAUUCUGUAAGAACCUAUUCCGUUGUUGUUGAAGAGCCUACUCUACUCCUGUCCGUAAACAUCCAUGAAGUCCAUAAAAUGGAGCUUGAAAUCAAAGACCACGAAGAGGCACCGGAGCAUAUCAAAUUUCUCAGCACGCUCAGGUUUUUGGAGCUAUUCCCGAAGACUAAACUGAAAGACGAGGCAGAUGAAAACAUCAUGCUGUUUUACUUUAGGCCCAACACAGUUGUCACCCCUGAUGCUGCCAACUCUGAGUUUGUUUACGUGGUUAGUUGGGGUACAUGUCAAGUUCUUGUAGAGAUUCCACCUUCUAGUAAAAUGGUUGCCAAUUACGUGAAUUAUCAGAAAGCUAAAUUUGAGAUGAAAGCGAGAAGUGUACGGAAAAAAGUUUCAGCUUAUCAACUCAUCGAGGAGUUGCAAAGCCGGCAAAGUGAAGCUGUUCAAGACAAAACUCUGACAACUUCAAAACUUGACUUUGAGUCGCUGAGACCUCUGAUGUUAACAGCCGUACAUCAAAAAACUUUGGACCUGAACAUCCAGAAGUCAGAGAAACGAAUGGAGAAGUUUAAGGAGCAAAUGGAAGCGGAGGUGCAGAGGCUCAACAACAAGACAACUUAUCUCAUCGCUGCUAUCAAGAAAAAGUCCAAAAAGUUGCCAGAUUUCAUUGAUGAAUGGAGUGAACGCUUCAAGGAACACGGAAUAACUAUGCCAAACGAAUUUCUGAAGCCUCCAGUCCAGUAUUCACCAAGUAUAAUAAUUGAAGAUACAGAUGAUAGAACUAACCUGUUUGAAAUAGACGAUCUCAUCAAAAUAAAUCAGAAAUCAUCAGAAAAGAUUGAGAUCGAUCACCUAAAGACUGAAUGUAUGGCAUCGCGGAAACAAAGUGCAGGUCCUCAGACCCCUAGAAGCAAAUCCUCCAUCGGGGAAAGCAUCAUCUUGAAAAAAAUUAAGUCUGUGUCGUCGGCCUUCAGCGAGGAAGUGUUGCUGCCAGUCACCAAGAGCUCUGAAGACUCGCGGACGACCAAAAAAUUUGAACCUUACAAUCAAAACGUCAGGGAGGAGCGGAGUAACUCACGGAGUAACUCACGGAGAAACUCACGGAGAGAGUCGCGGAGCCACAAGCCGAAGAAGAAUCGUCGGGAACAGAAGCUGGCGAGGAAAAAGAGUAGUGAGGAGGAAGACCUGUCCGACGAGAAGAGCCCCCAGAAGGAGUCCGAGCAGGACUUAGAAGACACACAAAAAGACGCAGAAGACGAAAAGAUGGCAAAGGGCGGACAUUCCAAGAAAAAGCAUCGCGCCAAACGUCGACACUCGUUGAAGAAAAGCAAUCCCCUAGAGAACAGUGCUUCCAGAUCUAAAUCAAAAGUCAAACAGGAAGUGCAGAAGUCAGGCUCGCCUCUGGAACAGAGUCAUUCGCCGGUGACACUUAAAAAGGAACCGCGCAAAAUCAAAAAAAGCGAUAAAUCUGCAACACAGAAGUCUGCUACCAAGAAAUCUAAAGAACAAGUCAGUAGUAGUGACACACGUGUAAAAGAGCGCCAAUCUCCUCAACAAAUCAGGUCACAGAUGUUGUUAUCAAAAAGUAAAGAAACCACAAUGCCAGAAAUUAAUGAAAUAUCGAACAACAGUCUUCACGGCCAAGUUUCCAACAAAUCGAUGUUACCCAACGCAAGGCUGUCUCGGAACAACUCAAACAUAAGUGCUUCUAUCUUUCUAAAUGAACCGAAUAAACAAAGCAAGAAAAAUAGUUUAACAUUUUCAAAGAUAUCAUCUUCAUCCACUGUUGACGAUACCAGCACUACCAGCUAUGGCUAUGUCUCAUCAACGUCCGGAACCUUAGAUUCUUCGCGGAGAAAGACCUUCUUCGUACCAGUUAACAAACCAGCCGAAUAUUCAAAAUGGAAAUUGAGAAGUACGCUUCUAAGAGGUGAUCACUUGGGCACUGAAUGGUUAGACUACAAUGACAGGCCUUUUGAACCCGUCACUGAAAUUUGCAGUCUGGUCAGUAGAGGCUCCGUCGUCAUUAUGAUCCGAAAAACGUUUCUCCUGAAAUAUUUACGAAAGAAUUGGUAACAAGUUACUAAUGUGGACUUAAGGGAUGCUACAUUAAGACCCGUCAGUCAAACAGUCUUCUACUGACUGAAAGUCUUAUUGGUAUAAUAUGGGCAGGUAUUGAGACUCACCUGAUGAUGGCGGGUACUACAGUAGUUAUUCAUUCACAAAACUUCAACAUUUUCUUUCAGAUUUGAGGUAUAUGUUCACUCCUACAACUUUUUGAUAUCUCUGUAUUUUUGCUAUUAUAAUUUACAGUGUUGAUUUUUUUGUAGAAAGAAAUAUAUUUGUAUGAUACAUAAAAUGUA